UGGCCAAAGGGUGUGUGGCGGCAGGAAUUUUAGGUGACAUCAAAGGGUGACUGUCACCAGAUGACACAAGGAAAAACGACGCACCACAGCUUUGGUCACGAUGAAGAGACUAAUUUAUUUCCUCUGACUCCAGUCUUUUAUAGUUCUCAAAAGGUGCCAGUGGAUUGGAGGGUGAACGUGCCACCUCUCCAACGACACUGGACAAACUACCUGUACAUCAAAUUUCUCCGCCUCUAUGAAAGAAUGCAAAACAACAGGUUGUUUACAGAAAGUUGUGUGGGAAAGUUCUCUACAAGAGUGUAAACUCAGAAGGCUUUAGAAAACUCUUAUAAAUCAGAGCAAGAGGUGACGGGUAAACGCUUGGAGAAGAGAAUUCCUGGGGUCCCUAAACAAGUAAGCCACGUCUGUCUCGGAAAAUCUCCAGCGCUGAGGACAUUUCGUGAUGCAGGGAUUAGGUGAGCAUGGAGCCGCGUGUGCUGGCCUGCUCCGCGCUGUUCCCUGAGCAGCUGCUGGAGGCGCGGCCGGGGCUGCCUGGGAGAGGCUGUUCUCGCCCUUCUGCCCACAUGCCCACAGGAGCCCGCCUGCAGCCACGCCGCGAGCCGCGGCAGCCGCAGCUCCGUGCUGCUCUCCCCGCCGUCCCCAGCGCCGCACCCGCCGGGGCCCCGGGGCUCUCACCGCGCCCCUUCCGCCGGUCCGUGCCGGUCGUGCCGCUGCUCGGGUGCCCGCCAUGGCUCUGUCCUGCGUGCUGAGGCCGCCGCGCCGCCCGCCGCCGCUCGCCCUGCUCGGCCCGCCCGCUCCGCUCCGCAGCCCGGGGACGGCGGCACCGUGGGGAGGGAAGGACAAGGCCGCGGUGAGCCGCAGCCGGGCAGAGCCUUCCUGGGAGGAGAGGUUAGCAAAUGCAGUGACGCCGCUGUGGAGACUUCCCUACCAAGAGCAGCUACAGGUAAAGUAUGAAAGCCAGAGGAAGAUUUUGCAGGCACUGGCAUCUCGUCUUGAGGAGCUGGGCAUAGAUGCACAGAAACCUGGUGGGCUCUGCUGUCCUCUGCAGCCUGUAGUGCCUUCGCCCAUCAUUAACGGCUACCGAAACAAAUCGACUUUCUCUGUGAACCGAGGACCAGAUGGGAAUCCCAAAACUGUGGGGUUGUACGUAGGAACUGGCAGAGAAAGAAAUAUUGUCUGUGUGAAAGCCAGUCAUGUGGAGAACAUACCCUCAAAACACAAACAAGUGGCCCAGUGCUAUGAGGAGUUCAUCUGUCGCUCCCCCCUGGACUCCUGCAUCCUCUUCCACGAAGGCGGGCACUGGCGAGAGCUCGUGGUUCGUACCAGCCGCUGUGGCCACACCAUGGCUGUCGUCACCUUCCACCCCCAGCAGCUGCGCCAGGAGGCGCUGGCUACUCAGAAAGCAUUGCUGAAGGAGUUCUUCACAUGUGGGCCUGGAGCAGUCUGUGCCUUGACUUCACUUUAUUUCCAGGAGAGCACCAUGACGCGUUGCUCCCACGAGCAGUCCCCCUACCAGCUCCUCCACGGAGCACCGCACAUCUUCGAAGAACUGCUCGGCCUGAAGUUCCGCAUCUCUCCAGACGCCUUUUUCCAAGUCAACACGGCUGGAGCAGAAGUUCUGUACCAGGCAGUCGGGGAGCUCUGCCAGGCUACUGGGGACACUGUCCUCCUUGACAUCUGCUGUGGAACAGGCACAAUUGGUCUCUCUCUGGCUCACCAAGUGUCCAAAGUUAUUGGUGUCGAAGUGGUGGAGAAGGCUAUAGAGGAUGCUGAGUGGAAUGCAGCAUUCAAUGGGAUCUCGAACUGUGAGUUUCGCAGUGGAAAGGCAGAGGCUGUGUUACCACAGCUCUUGGCAUCGUGGGAGGAUGCCCGACCGCUUGUUGCUGUGGUGAACCCUUCUCGGGCUGGCCUACGCUGCAUAACACAGCCCUCAGACUGUCUCAGUGGUCUCCCCUGGAGUGUGUACUGGGAAGUCACACACUGCUCCUGGUGCCCAGAUGCACUCUCACAAGUGUGUGUGGAAGGUUUUAUAUGUCUUUGCUUAAUUAACAUCUUUUCUUUCAUCCUCCAUCCCCCUGGGAAGCAGAGGGACUUCUCCCAUUGCUCUGCCCUGCCUGCCAAAUGGGCUAAGCUGUCAGCAGUGUGGGUGGCACCCGUGGCCUCCUGAGGGACUUCACCUGAGACAGAACAUAGCAAAAUACGCGUCUGUAUUUUUGACAGUUCUGUGAUGCUGUGUAAUUAUUUCCUUCUGGAGAGCUCAGGGUGGUGGUGGGAAAGCAGGCUGUCUGGUUUUUGCAGACUACAGGGUCGUCCGAGCCAUCCGGAACUGCAGGGCCAUCCGCAGGCUGCUCUACAUCUCCUGCAAGCCAGAGGGAGAAGC